UAGUGCGUGACUCCUUGUUCAGCCGACAGCACAAGUAGCCGCUCUACUCCGUUCCUUUCAGACAGAGUCGGUACACGUUUAGCAGCAAAAGCUUUCCCUUCAAUUGUAAUUCCCCAUCCUUCCCUGGUUUUAUUUUCUUCCCCUAUUUGUCCCAGUCAUGGCGGCGAGUGCGAAAAGAAAGCAGGAGGAGAAACACCUGAAGAUGCUGAGAGAAAUGACGAGUUUGCCUCCCAACAGAAAGUGCUUUGACUGCGAUCAGCGCGGCCCAACCUAUGCCAACAUGACGGUGGGGUCUUUCGUCUGCACCUCCUGCUCUGGCAUACUGCGAGGGCUGAACCCACCCCACAGAGUGAAGUCCAUCUCCAUGACGACCUUCACGCUACAGGAAAUCGAGUUCCUCCAGAAACACGGCAAUGAGUCAUGUAAACAGAUAUGGCUGGGGCUUUACGACGACAGAACGGCCUCCAUACCGGACUUCAGAGAACCCCAGAAAGUCAAGGAGUUCCUUCAGGAGAAAUACGAGAAGAAGAGAUGGUUUGUUCCCCCGGAGCAGGCCAAAGUGGUGGCUUCGGUCCACGCCUCAAUCUCAGGCUCGUCAGCCAGCAGCACCAGCAGCACCCCCGAAGUCCGACCGCUCAAAACACUGCUGGGGGAGUCCGCCCCCACCCUGCACCUCAACAAGCACACACCCAGUCAGUCUCCGGUGGGGAGUCGUGCGGCCCAGGCCCUCCAGCUGAGCCAGCAGCAGCAGUUCCACGACAAGAAGUUUGACCUCCUCAGCGACCUGGGCGGAGACAUUUUCGCCGCUCCGUCCCACUCGCAGACGGCAGCAGGCUUGGCAGCCAACUUUGCUAACUUUGCACAUUUCAACAGCCACCCAGCUGCUCAGAACGCAAACACAGACUUUGCUAACUUUGAUGCGUUUGGGAACGCGGGUCCAUCGGGUGCUGUCCCCUCGGCACCCCAAGCCCCCUUCCAGACCUCACAUACAGGAGGUAGUGUCCCUAGCGGGGUUCCAGGCUCUCUCCCCCCGGUGACGUCGGCAGGACUGCGUCACCCCCAGAGCCAGCUGACGGGUACGUCUGCGGCAGACCGCUACGCCGCGCUGGCCGAGCUGGACAACGUGUUCGGCUCGUCAGCCCCCGCCACCAGCGUCUACAACACCAUCAGCACUUCUAAAGGGGGGAUGUUUGGCACUGUGACAGGAGUCUCGUCAGCCCAAGCACAACAAUGUAUGUCCAGCAUGCCCCAGGGUUUUGGAGGUCCGUCAACAAACCCCUUUGCUGCUGCAGCGGUUGCCCCGGCGAUAGCCACCACCAACCCCUUCCAGAGCAACGGGAGAGCAGCGGCUAUUGCAGCAGCAGAUUGUGAGUGUCCUCUCCUCUCCCGCCUAUCUUGCAGCCACGUUUGGCACAGGGUCCAUGAGCAUGCCAGCCGGAUUCAGGAACGCUGCUACCUACAACCUCCCCACCAGCUUCAGUGGGACCUUCCAACAGCCCUUCCCAGGCCAGGGCCCCUUCCCCCAGCCUCCGGCCUAUCCCCAGCAACCCAACGGAGGGGGGUUUUCAGCCUAUGGACAGGCCAAGGCUGUGGUGACCCCCUUUGGGCAGGCGAUGGCUGCACCCGGGGUCUCUAGUAACCCCUUCUUGGCGGGCGCCCCUUCAGGACACUACCCCUCAGGAAGCUCUUCAACGAAUCCUUUCUUAUAGCACUGCUCCACCUGAACUCCACCACUAGGGUGUUGUCAACUGGCGUGCACCGCUCUCACCUCUUGCACUGUUUUGUUUCACAAGACGCUUUAAAAAAGACAAACCCAAUGUUUCUAAAACUGGUAUUUUGUAUUAAGUGACGUAACUGACACCGUCCAUGGCAACAAAAAACAAAACAAGUUAAAGGUGUGUAGAGGGAAGGGGGGGUGGUGUUAGGGGUGGCAGGAAGCCUAGCUGUUAAGCGUUGGGCCAGUAACCGAAAGGUCGCUGGUUUGAAUCCCUGAACUGACUAGGUUAAAAAUAUGUCUGUGCCCUUGAGCAAGGCACUUCACCCUAAUAGCUCCUCCUGUAAGUUGCUCUGGAUAAGAGGGUCUGCUAAAUGACUCACAUGUAAAUGUCUUAAAGGGGCUGAGUUUCCUCUCGUCCUCCAUCUAACCUGUGAUCUGGCCCGACCUCAGCUGAGCCAAAAGUAUAUUCAAACUGGCUGAUACUAAGUUAUUGCAAAAUAUUCCCAUUCAUUACGCUGCAAUUCUGUAAAUAUUUUUUUCUUAGGGGAAAUUAGCUCUGUGCAUAUCAGUAUUUGUAUCUUUAACACGAGUUUAAGGCAGAACUGUUACUUGGAAAAUCUUAGAGGACUACUGUGAGUUACUGUAUUUGUAAAGAAGAACCAAAAGCGGUUUGUACAGCGUGGUAUCGGUAGGACUAUUUUUACAGAGAAUAAGAGGUGAACAUGCGUUUCAUCAUUUGUUACAGAAGAGGGGGAGGAGUCUCUCCUCUUCUGUGAUUGGCCUCGAGGGCAGAGACUCCACCUGGAAGGGGAUGGGCUCUCACCUGUCUGCUGUCCAAGUGGUUUACCACAAUAUAGACUGAAUACCACUGAUGUUGGGUGUUAAAGACAUUUAAGUUAAUGUGUAUAUAUAUUAAAAUGAAUUUUAACUAAAAAGAAUGACCAAACCAUGUCUUUGUAUUGCUGCACUGUACAUCUCCAUUUUCAUAUAUUGAAAUAUUUUUGAUAUACUGUAUAUAAAAAGAUUUCUAUCACGAUGAAGAUGUUGC